AUGUAUUUUUUUGGAAAUUCUACUCAAGAGUCAAGUGAAGAAUCUUCAACAAAAGAAUCAAAUUUUUCCGAUUGCACUGGAGCAAAACCGAAAUUUUGUUUUCCACCACCCCCAAGACUUUCCAAAAGUGCAAACAAUUCAUAUUGCUCAACAGCUUCAGAUAGUUCAAACAGUGUAUCUUUUCCUGAGAGAAGUUUUUGUGUUGCCAAAAAGAAGAAACACAAAUCGAGGGUGAAUAAGAAUCUACCUCCCUUGGGUAUUUAUUGGGACAUAGAGAAUUGCCAUGUUCCUAAAAGUAAAAGUGCAGCAGCUGUAGUACAAAGAAUUAGGGAUGUGUUCUUGGAGAACUAUAGGGAAUCUGAGUUUGUUGUUGUAUGUGAUGUAAAAAAAGAGAGUCCACAAGUCAUUCAAGAACUUCAUGAUGCUCAGGUCAUGUUGAUUCAUGUAUCAUCUACAUCUAAAAAUGCAGCUGAUGAGAAAUUGAGACAAUCAUUAAGGAGGUUUGGGGAGCUGCAUCCUGCUCCUUCAGGUGUAGUUUUGAUCUCAGGGGAUGUAAAUUUUGCAGCUGACUUAUCUGACUUAAGAUAUAGAAAAAAAGUCAGAGUGAUAUUAGUUCAUAAUGUAAAUGUAGCAGAUGCAUUGAUAUUAUGUGCAAAUGAGCAUCAUUCAUUCCCUGAAUUGAUGAAAGAUAUACCAAUAAUUAAUAAGUGCAAAGUGAUCAAUAAUACUCCUGCAUUUUUGACAAUAACUAAUCUUCCUCAAAAUUUUGAAGUUGGAAAAUUGAAAUGUAGACUGCAGAUGCUGACUGAAAAUUGUGGAGGCAAGGUUUCAGGAAUUUCUGGAGGAGAUGGUAUAGCGUCAGUUAGAUUUGGGAAUUUAGACACUGCUUUGAGGGCACAAAGAAGGAUUCAAGGAGAAGAUGUUUUUGGAAACAAAAUCAAAGUACUAUCUCCAUCAGUAAGAAGUUUUACAGGACGUAAAAUGCGAAAUGCUGAUGCAUCAUUCAAGUCAUAUGACAUGUCUCCUAUGCCACCACCCGGAUUUUCUCAACAUGAAAUCCAGAAUUCCUUUGGCAAUCAGUCAAAUAGUAAGGAUCUACGAAGACAGUCGUCCGCCGUUCCCCCUCAGUGCGUCUUCCGGCCGAUCCGCGGGGCCGGCGCCCAGACAGCCACCCCUAUGGAGGUGGGCUACGAGACGGGCGGCGCCAAAAGGGGUGGGGCGGAUCGUCGCCCGCUGACCCCCCAGGAGCAGCUGCUGAUGGCCGCGUGCGGGCCGUCCGCCAUUGGGCGGGUGCACAGGACCAGCGGCAGCUCGGAAUAUAACAGCGAUGAACAGAGGGUGAGUAGGGUUGCCUAUAUAAACGAAAAUGAUGGGAAAACUGUACAAUCAAAUCAGCCAGUAGAUCUGGUUAUAUCCAACCUAGAUCCCUCAAUCGAAGUGAAAGAACUCAGAAGACUGCUUACUAAUAUGCUCAAAGAAUAUGCAAUGAUUUUGAGUUUGACAAUUAGUGUACAAGCGGAUGGUGGUCCGAUCGCGAAUAUCAGGGUGAACAGUCAACAUGAAGCACAGUUCACAAUAUCACAGUUGCACAGACAGAAACUGGGGCACAAAAGAAUCGUCAUAUCAUACGCACAAACCAACUCGCCAGAUCCUGAACAGUUGAGAGCCAUUAUAAUAGGUCUGCUUCAGGAAGUGCCUGAUAACUGUAUGCCUCUCUUCAAAUUUUUGGAUUUGUUAGAAUCCCGUUAUCAUUGCACCAUAUCCGUAUCUGAGGUGAACAAAUUGAAGGAUAUUUGCAAGAUAACCGAUGAUUUGGGCUCUAGAAUAAUAUCUUUGACUCAGGAAAUAAAAACAUCGCCACCCCCUAACCUCAGCAGGACAUUGGUACCCUAUUGUAUUCUUCAUUGUCCAAACGGCAUACAAAGCAGAGGAUGGUGUGAAUUGAGUGUUAUACAAGCUCCAAAUAUUAAAACGUCACUGAAAUUGUUCGCCUCUAAGCUGAUAAUGUUGCUCAAAAUCCAUAUGGGAUGCAUGCACCUCAUGAGUUUCCAAGCUUGUUAUGAACAAGAAUUUCAUGAACCAUUGCCAGUGGACGAUGGAGGAGUACCAUUGGAACAUUUGAUCUCUUGUAUACCAAACAUGGAAAUUAAAAGUGUCGGCACAAACAAAAACAUCAAAGUAAUCAAAUACGAGGAAAAUCGAAAUGGGGAAAGUGAGGAAGAUUCAGUCUUGAAGUCUGUUCCACCACCUUUGGCGCCGAAUAUUAGCCUGCUGUGCCGAGAACUAGUCGAUCUGUUGAAAACGACGGAAAAAUGUCAGCUGCUAUUGAGCAAGUUUAUCCCGGCCUAUCAUCACCACUUCGGAAGGCAAUGCAGGGUCGCUGAUUAUGGGUACACGAAGCUGCUCGAUUUGUUCGAAUCGAUAUCACAUGUUGUACAGAUUAUGGGCGAUGGCACUCGUCGCACUAUAACUCUGUCUCACACUGCCCAAAUGAGACGAUUUACUUCCGACCUACUACGCGUCCUCAAAGUCCAGCCCGCCAAGCAGAUUUGCUUCACCGACUUCCCCUCAGCAUACGAGAAGGUCAUGAACAAGACCUUCAACGCUGUCGAAUACGGCCUCUGCACCUUCGAGGACCUCCUCCAAGAGGUGCCCGAGAACACGGUGGUCAUCAGCAGGAACGAAGAGGGCGUCUUCAUAGCCGUGCCCAAGCGCGAACAGACGUCCGAAGAAAUCAUGAGGACCAAGCAAUUCGCUGCAGAGGUCAUAGAUCUUCUGAGACACUCUUCUUAUUACACAAUGUUGUUCAAUAAAUUCGUGCCAGCCUACCAUCAUCAUUUUGGACAUCAGUGUAAAGUUUCUGAUUAUGGGUUCACGAAGUUGAUAGAAUUGUUCGAGGCCAUACCAGACAUAGUAAAGAUUGAAGAAUUGCCUGACGGCGAAAGAACCGUCAGUCUCACCUUGCAACAGUCCUUGAGAAUUCUCGGUUCUCAAAUAGUACAAAUCAUCAAAUCUAAUCAGUCUCCUGUACUGCUCAGCGACUUAUCGAGAUUGUAUUUAAGGGAAUACGGGUACCCACUGAAACCACAACUUUACGAGUGCAAUUCAAUCGCUGAAAUCACAGCGAAGCUUUCGAAUUAUGUCCAGGUGAACAACAGUAAUGCUGGUUUAUUACUGGUUGCGAUCGACGUGGACACAAUUCCGAACACUUUGAAAAUCAGAAGUUGGGCGUUGCUACUCAAACCUCCGCAUUGCAUGGAGUUGAACACGUUCCGGUUUGAGUAUCAAUCCCGGUACAACAGCAGCUUCACCAUGGAUAGCUUACAACAUAUCGGAAAUGUGGUUUCGAUAUCGUCGUCGAAUGAAUCAAAUUACAUAUCUCUGACCUCUCUGUAUAUUGUUGCUGCGCAACUUUAUCAUGUAAUUUAUAGCAAUAGUGGUAACGUGCCCUAUUACAAUUUGGAGAAAGCAUAUUAUGACUAUUAUGGAAAACCGUUGAAGCUUUCGAACUACCAGAUAUUUUCCGUCGAUGAAUUUUACAAUCACUUCAAUUUGUUGUUCUUUAUAAGAGGCAGCAAGAAGAAAAGUACUGUGAUGCUCCAUCGUAAUUUAGCAGAACAUUUAGUGCCUUUACCUUCUUCAAUGUACAAAUCCAGUCAGUUGACGUUGAACAAUAAACGAGAAAGUUCCAAUUGGCCGCCGCCGCCGCCUCCACCUGAUAUGGUUCAAACCCCCAUGAAGAAGGUGUCUCCUCCUAAACCGGACACUCCACCAACACCGGAUAAUAAUCCCUGGAGCCAAUGGAGUUCAAAUUCCAAUUUUGACUUGAACUUAUCUAUACAAAUGCCGAUAGUCUUCAAUCCCAAGUUACUGGGCAACCCAGAGUCUCUGAUAUCUCCGGCCAGACACUUGUUGCCGCCCAACAGAAAUCCUUGGGCCAGUAUCGCAUCGUCCGUGGACGCCCCAGAUCCGACCGAACUGCCCAUGCCGGAUAAGUUGAUAUCGAAAAGUGGGGUAAUCUCGGAUGACUCUGCCGAUUCUGGUGUGAACACCAGACUAGACAAUUCUCCGUCUGAUACAGAAAACGAUACGAAUUCUACUGAACGUCAAUCUCUUGGAAGUUCCAGGAAGCUCCCAUUCGCAACAUACUUGAGUUUCAAUCAAUAA